UUGUUUUUUUUAUCUAAACUACUAAAAAAUUUUAAUAUAUUGAUUUAAUAUAUGAAAUAUUGAUUUAAUUUAACAAUCUUGAUUACAGUGUAUAUAGUAGAUAUAUACUUAUUUGCAUACUUAGAUAUAUUAAUUGAUAACAAAUAGUGUUCAGCAUAUAUUGAUUAUUAUGAAGUGCAAGUUAUUGGCAAUUAAUAAAUUUUUAUUAAUGAUAUAUAUUAUAUGAAAUAAUUAAGUAAAAUGUGUAAUAAAAAUAUGUAUUAUUAUGUACUUAAUGUCUAUUUUCUUUCACCAUUAUUAAGAAAACACAGGCCAAAGUUAUUUUGGGUAUACAUUGAAGGUUGGCUGCCAACCUCAGAAAUUCAGAUCUACUUCUUCAAUUUAAUAUAUAAAAACGAUUUUAAUUAAAUUUAUUUAAAAAUGGACUCGGAUUCUACAGAAAUGGUGAAAGAAAUCAAAGACAAGGUAAUAUUACAUUGGAAUUGUCGAGGUCUUGUGGAAUUUCCUGAAGCGAUAAGAAUCUAUGGAAGCCACAUUCAAGAAAUAUAUUUAAAAUGGAAUAAAAUUACUACUUUACCUUCAUGGAUUAUAGAACUUUUUAAUGUUACUAAUUUGUAUAUUUAUGGAAAUCUGAUAAAGGAAGUACCUCCAGAACUUUGUCAAAUGAAUCAAUUAACAGUUCUUGAUUUAAGUGCUAAUAAAUUAGAGCAAAUAUCCCCUUAUAUAGGAAAUUUAAUAAGCUUAAAAUCUUUAUUAUUAAAUGAAAAUUUUAUAGAUAAAUUACCAAAUGAAAUGAAUCAAAUGCAUAACUUAGAAAUUUUAUCUAUUUCUGGAAAUAAAUUUGUUGCACUACCAGAAUGGAUUGGUUCCUUACCUAAAUUAAAAGAAUUAAAUGCAGAUAAUAAUUGCCUUAAAGAACUUCCAAAUAGAUUAACUUUAUCUCCACAGCUAUCAAUUAUUUCUGUAUGUUCUAACAGGCUAAGAUAUUUACCAUUAAAUGGAUUUGUAUCUUCUCCUUGCAUUAAAUUUGAUGCAAAUAUAUAUUUAAAUUAUUUGUCUUAUCCACUUCUUUAUCAAUUAACAUCUCAAUAUUCAUUUAUUCAAGAUCAAAGAAAUAUUUUGGCUUAUGGAUGCUUUGCAACAUGUUAUGAAAAUACUACAUUACAUCCAAAUAUUAAAUUAAAAAUAAAAAUAAAUGAAAAGGAUACUGACUUUAUAAUAGAAUUACCACGUCAGCUUUUAAAAGUUCAUAAUAUACUUGAAAAUACAGUUAUUUCUUUAUGGGAAUUAUCUUUGAGAAAAGUUUAUACCGAAAGGUAUAAACAUACACUUAAUAUAUCUAUAUCACCUAUAAACAUAAAUGUUCAAUAUGAACCAAUUCAAAUAAAAAAUUGUCAAAAAUUUGAUUUUAAUGUUUCAUGUAACUUAUUAAUGAAUGGUCCAAUAAGUAUUUGUGUAAAUUUUCAAUGUCAACAACCAAUUUUUACAGAAGCUUGGAUUAUUAUUGGUAUGAAUUAUUAUGGAGAAGCUAUAACAACAGUUGCAUUAUGUUGCUGUAAAAGAUGUGCAGCUGAAUUCUCAAAACAUUCUAAUAUGACAAUUAAACAUACUUGGUAUUGUAUAAAUUAAUAAUAUUAUUUAGAAAAUAAUUCUGUAAAUAUAUUAUAUUAAAAAAAUAA